AUGAGCUCAUCAUGCCAGAAACGGUUGUAUAAAGAGUACCAACAACUGACCCUUGAACCACCUGCUGGCGUACACGUGACAGAUGACUCGACGCAAGAUUUGCGACUUUGGACAGUUCAUGUUGAUGGUGCACCAAAUACGCUUUAUGCUGGGGAACAAUUCACUUUAAGAUUUCGUUUUCCUGAUGAAUAUCCAUUUUCAUCCCCUGAGGUUAUUUUUGUUGGAGAUAACAUCCCUGUUCAUCCACAUGUGUACUCGAAUGGACAUAUUUGCUUAUCAAUUCUAAGCGAUGAUUGGACUCCAGCACUUUCUGUCCAAGCCGUUUGUCUCUCCGUGCUUUCCAUGCUUUCAUCAUGUAAGGAGAAAAAACGACCACCAGAUAAUGCUAUAUAUGUUCGCACUUGUAGUAAAAGUCCAAGUAACACGCGGUGGUGGUUUCAUGGUAUGUUUUUUUACUUUGUCCAGAAAAUUUUCUUUCUGCGGAAAAUCUUUAAAUCAUUUUCUUAUUAG